GCGCUUGGUGCAGAACGUAGGAAUGGAGAACGUGGAAUUUCUGAGAUAUAUUAACCAGAAACAAGUUCGAAGCGUGUUGAGAUAUCCAGAUCUAAUUGCAGCAGUAGAAAAUGCCUUAAGAGAUUUCUCAGAUCGUCAAAAUGGUAAGGUAGUACAGCCAGUGAGAACCGCCGUCAAAGUAGCUGAUCACAAUGGGAUUUUUGCAGGAAUGCCAGCAUAUGCAGGACGAAAUCAAGCUCUUGCAACUAAAUUAGUCWGUAUUUAUCCUGAGAAUGAAAAGAAGGGUCUUUCAUCUCAUUUAUGUCACAUUUUACUGUUUAAUCCAGAGGAUGGGACUUUGAAAGCUAUAAUGGACGGAGAGGUCAUUACGGCAAUGAGAACUGCAGCAGCAUCAGCUGUUGCCACAAAUCACUUGGCGAGAAAAGACGUAGAAGUAUUGGCAAUUCUUGGGUCUGGUACUCAAGCAAGAAGUCACAUUGAAGCUUUGAAGCACAUUAGAACAUUUUCAGAAGUAAGAGUGUGGAGUCGUACAGAAGCAAAUGCAAAGAAAUUUGCCGAUGAAUACAAUGCUAAGUGUUGUAAAACAGUCAAAGAAGCUGUUGAUGGAGCAGACGUCAUUGUCACAGCUACAUUUGCUGUUAACCCUAUCUUGGAAGGAAAAUGGGUCAAGCAUGGUGCUGUUAUUAAUGCUGUGGGGGCACCUACUCCCAGUUGGCGCGAGCUUGAUGAUGAUGUAAUGCAAAAUAGCUUUAUUGUUGCUGACAGCUUGGAAGCUGCAAAAGUAGAAUCUGGAGAUGUAAUUCAUUCCAAGGUAUCAGUUGCAGGAGAAAUUGGAGAUGUUAUUGCUGGGAAACUUGAAGUACCAGUGGACAAAACAAUUGUCUUCAAAUCGUUGGGUAUUGCUGUGGAGGAUGCUGUAACUUCAAAACUAGUCUAUGACAAGCUUGUUGAGCAGGGGUUGAUAAAAUGAAGAUUUUUAGCAUAGAUAGAAAGUUUGUCCUUGGAUUUCAUAUGAAGGCAUUUACUACAUACAUAAUAACCUUGAACCCAUAUACUUGAUUUCUCUUUUUUCACUUUAUAAAUGUUUCUCAUCAUGGUCUUCAAGAUGUGGCUGUGAUCCAAGAAUAAAAGUGUAUCAUCAAAUGAACAUUAAAAUAAAACAAUAGAUUACUAAUAUAUUAUAAUUUUUAUAUAUUCAUGGAAAUUAUUAAAAGCUAUGAAAUGCCA